UUAAUGUUAUUAUUUUCCAGCGGGGCUCCGUAUUUUGGUCGUAAGUGAAAGGGUUAUUGCCACGCCUAUUCCCCUCAUGUUACCACAUCGCUUUUGCUUUCGUGUCGGACGCUUGACUUGAUCUGUCAAUUCAUACUGAAAAACAUUUCUCUGGUGGUAAAACACUCAGGCUCAACACAUGGAGGAAGACGACCAAGGAGCUCCACUUACGAAAGCCAUGUCUGCUUUGCUGAUAAAUUUCAUCCAUGAGGAAGUGCAGAUGUCUGGGGUAGAUGCAGCGGUGUUCAGACACCACAUUGAAGUUGAAGAAAUACAUGACCCAGCGUUAAAGAAUCUACUCAGGUUUAUGAGACAGUUCAGAGAAGAGCGGUUGGAAGAGCGAUUUUUCGAAGAAAGGUUCGGCAAGGAACUCCCUUACCUGACUCGAGAAGAAUUCACGAGUAUUUGUUCAGAGAGCUUCUCAAAUGGGAGAAUGACAUGGAGCAAACUGGUGCUUAUCUUCCUCUUUGCCAGCCGACUUGUCAUACGAGCGAUUACAGACAACAAUCCUGACAAGAUCAAAGAUAUUGUUGGCUGGACGCAGGAUUGCACACAGGGUGAUUUUCUCGAGUGGUGCAAGAGCGAGUGUAACUGGGUGGAUUAUCUCUCUUUCGUCAUAAAACACAACUGGAAAGAGGCUUUGGCUUUGCUGGGGGUCUCCCUCAUCAUUAUCUUUGUCAUUUGUAAAUACUAAGAUGUAUGAGAGCAUGUUUAUAUUUGUGCCUGUCAUAUUCUGUGAGCAACAUGGUCACCAUUGUCUUUUAUCUGUUACAAAUGAUCUUUGUGCAUUGGUGGAAAAAUGUAUUGAAUCACUAAAUAAAAAAUAUUAUUAAUAAGGACUUGAAACACUGCUUCACCAUUGUCAUCCAUAAGUUUUUAUUGCGUUUGCUAAAAAGUUAGGAUGCAAUAUCACAAUUUAAUGUGAUAUUGCAUUCAAUUUUAUUGGUGAACUGUGCUUCAUAAAUGAAAUCCAAAAGUAAAGGUCAAGCACAUCCGCAAACCAGUUUAGGUCAGGUGCAUUAUUCAAAAAUGUGAAACAAAUACAGCAAUACAGUGAAAUAAAUAAAAUAAAGCUGUCAUCAAAAAUGUUAAACAAAUACAGCAAUACAGUGAAAUAAAUAAAAUAAGGCUGUCUUCAAAAAUGUGAAACAAAUACAGCAAUACAGUGAAAUAAAUAAAAUAAAGCUGUCAUCAAAAAUGUUAAACAAAUACAGCAAUACAGUUAAAUAAAUAAAAUAAGGCUGUCUUCAAAAAUGUGAAACAAAUACAGCAAUACAGUUAAAAAAAAUAAAAUAAGGCUGCUUUCAAAAAUGUAAUACAAAUACAGCAAUUCAGUUAAAUAAAUAAAAUUCUGAAAUAAAAUAAGGCUGCCUCAAAUAGGCACUUAAGCUCAAUAUAGCAAUUCAAAAAUGAAUAAUAGAAGUAUAACACGACUCUAAAUGAGGCAAAAUGAAGAACCGUUCAUACUAAAUUGAUAUUAAUGAUAUUAUUGAAUGAUGAAUUUUUUAACACGUCAAAUUGUGGCGUAAUUAAUUAAUCGAAUUAAUGCGUUAAAAUGACAGCUCUAAUAAUAAUA